UUAUUUGCCCAAGGUUGAAGAUGAAGGGAGAUAAAAGUUAAAAAAUGGGUUUGGAUUUUGUUGAGGAAAGUAUAAGUAGAACGUCGGCAUGGAAUUUGGGUUCUGAAUUCACCACUUUUAAUCCGCCAUUGAUGCUUCCUCUCCUUCUUCUGAUUUGCUAUGAGAUUUCCAUUUCUGCAAUUUGGGGAUUGAUUUUUCAUUCACGAUCAGAUGAAGAAGAAAAAGGGGGAACUAGGGUUCUUGCGAUUGUUGGAAUGUCAAUUUGUUUUGUCUUUUGAUUCAGAAACAAUUUUCUUUGAAAUCCACCGAUUUCGUUCAUUCACUUCGUAAUAUUCAUUCCCUUUUCAUCCGAUUCAACCAAGAAACAGAAUGUCGCUUUGAAAAAUUUGUGAUCGAUUUAUGUUAUCAUUUCUUUUACUGUCUAUCUAAUUCGUCAAUGGGAUGUGUAAACUCGAAACCAAAUCGGUGCCGGCAUUGCCGGCGGCCGUAUUCGCCGAUUUCUCGAAGCUACUCUAUGCAAGUUCAUCAUCCACCACAGGCCAAAGGCGAUAGUUAUCAUGUCGUAGCCCUAACCUCCUCCACAUUAGGCUCGUUGGAGCUCGGAAGUGAUGGCGGUGGCGGUGGCGGUAGCGGUAGUGUUAAUUAUUGCUGUCAGUCGCAGAGGAGCGACAAUUCCAAGACGAUUGAGGAUUUCAGAAUGGGAUUGGCGGAAGCGAAGACAUGGUCGAACAUAAUCAGAGAGAAAAUCCCGAAAACCGCAUCGAAAACUCCGAUCAGAACGCCGCCGGGGGAGCCGGAGACGAUCAACAUAUGGGAGCUCAUGGAAGGGCUAGAGGAUGUUAGCCCUCUCUGGUCUCCGAGCCGAUAUCGAAGCUUCUCGUUCGAUUUCGGUAGCCGUAAUUACGAUUAUCGAUCUCUCAUCGAUCAGCCCAAGCCGAUUCCGAAACAAAAUGGUACAGAUUCAUCUCAUAAACCUCUCUGGCUUCGAUUAAAAGAAGAAAAAGAUGAAAUCGAUGAUGGGAAUUUGAACUCUGAUUCAAUGGCUUCCGAUUUCGUCCCGGAAGUGAUUUCAUCGUUUCGAAAGUCUCUUCAGCAGCUCACCCCGGAUCACUCAUUUUAUCUCCGUCCGGUGGAGAACACAAAGCACCAACAGCCGCCGUUAGCCGCCGUGGAAUCUAAGAAAUUCUACAGUUGGCCGGAGGAGAAGAAGAGGGAUAAGGUAAUUCUAUACUUCACGAGCUUGAGAGGGAUUCGUAAGACAUAUGAAGACUGUUGUGAUGUUAGAAGCAUUCUGAGAGCAAUUGGGAUUCGUGUAGACGAGAGAGAUGUGUCAAUGCAUAAAGGGUUUAAAGAGGAGCUCAAGCAGCUAUUAAUGGAAGAUCAGAAGAGCUUGCCCAGAGUGUUCAUUGGGAGAAAGCAAAUCGGUGGCGCUGAAGAAAUUCGCAGACUACACGAAGAUGGGCAGCUUGAGAAACUGCUUGAAUGCUGCGAGAAGCUUGAAAAUGACGAUGGGGGAGUCUGUGAGGCAUGUGGGGAUAUUAGAUUUGUGCCAUGUGAGACAUGUUCUGGAAGCUGUAAAGUGUUUUAUGAAGAAGAAGAAGAAGAAGAAGAAGAAGAAGCAGAAGAAGAAGAAGAAGCAGAAGAUGGAUAUGGCUUCCAGAGGUGUACUGAUUGCAAUGAAAAUGGGCUUGUGAGGUGCCCCAUCUGCUGCCAUUAAUGGCUCUUGCAAGGUACAAAUCUGAAAAUUCUCUCUGUUCUUUCCUUUUGUUUGUACAGUGGAGAAGUUUUGGAGGAUUAAUUGGGGAAAAUACAGAACAAUAAUGUUAUGUGAAGCAGUUCAUCCUCUUCUGUGUGUUGAGAAAAAUUGUAUACUUAAAACCUGAGAUUUUUGUAUUCAGAUUACCAAAUACAGAGUGUUCAUACCAGAAGCUGAUUUCUGCUC